UGCAAAUAAUGUGCAUCUCUUCCACAUUGAACAAGAGAUUCACGAGUGCGUUCAAGGAGAUAUGAGCAUUGGUGACUACUACACCAAAUUAAAGGGAUUGUGGGAUGAACGUGAUGCUCUCAGUCCUCUUCCACUAAGUGACGGUAACGUGGCAAAGAAAUUGAAGGAGUAUCAACAAACUCAACACACCAUUCAAUUUCUGAUGAAACUCAACCCGGUCUAUGCUACAGCUCGGGGACAAAUUUUACUUAUGGAUCCAUUGCCCCCCGUGAAUAAGGUAUUUUCUCUUAUUAUUCAAGAUGAAAAACAACGUGACAUUUCUUCACAAGUAACAUCAGAAGCAGUAGCUUUUGCUGUCAGAAAUGAGCCACCGAAUUUCAACAAGAAUUAUCAACCAAAGUAUCCACACCUCAAAUGUGAUCGCUGCAACCUUGCUGGACACACUGCUGAAAAUUGCCGCCAACAUCUUAAAUGUGAUCAUUGUGGCUACAAAGGUCAUACCAUUGACAUUUGUCGCAAGCUCAAGCGAGAAAAUGUUCAAGGGGAUAGGAAAGGUUUCUCAAACUCCCUUUCUAGAGCUAAUCAUGUGAAUUCCAAAUCUGACAAAGCUGAGACAACUUCCUCAUACAACCUGACUGCAGAUCAAUACCAUGAUCUACUUGAACUCAUUAAUCGGACAAAAUCGGUUAGUGUUGCCAAUCAAGUGUCGACAAUGAACAACCUUUCAGGACCAACAUUCGGGGAAGACGAUUGGGACGGGAAUUGAGGAAGCUGGACUCUACUACUUAGAUACGUCGAAGUUUGCUGGGUGUCGUUCGUUUGCUGCCAUGGUCACUUCAACCAAUCCUCAUCUUUGGCACCAACGACUUGGUCACCCCUCCAAUAAA